AUGUCCGAGGACGCCCCAGCGGAUCCCGUCCAGGGGGCCGAGGCCACCAACGAGACCCAGCCCAAGGUGGAGAAGGGCGAGCCCAUCAACGUGGUCGUGAAGGACCAGCAUGGGAUUGAGCUGCACUUCAAAGUGAGGAAGACGACCAAGUUCGACAAGAUAAUGAAGGCAUAUUGUGACAAGAAGUCAUUCCAGUUGAAUCAACUCAGGUUCUUGUAUGAUGGUGAGAGGUUGAAGCCCGACCAGUCUCCAGAAGAGGUGGAGAUGGAGGACGGCGAUGUGAUCGACUGCGUCAUGCAGCAAAUCGGGGGCCACUGA